AGCAAGCCAGUAGACGUACCUGCGCCUCAGACGUCCCAGCACAGUACCAACUCGUCCGUCCGGUCACCUUCACAUUUCAUCGAUCCCGACCCUAGCCUGAUCAACAAUCCUGCUUCGGCGAGCGUCACAGACAUGUCGUACCAAAUGCCAAGGCCGCCUAGGCUGCCUCUGCCCAUAGAAGAGGAGGUCCAUACUCCUGGGUCGCCUGUCAUCGCGCCAGCAAUGGGUUUUCCCAUCGAAGUUCUGGAAAGCGGCCUGGAUAGAGACGGAGAAUCGACCAGCGCAGAUCUGACGAGGAAGUCUUCGGGCCUCAGUAAUGCCACUGAUGACGAGGAUGCCGAGGAAUUGAGAGUCGACAAGUCGAGAACGGUCAAGACGAAGGUUGAAUGGUUACAAGGCGGACAAAAGGUCUAUGUCACAGGAACCCCGUUCCAGUGGAGUCGCAAGCAGAGAUUACAUCCCGCCAAGGGGCGAGAUGGAGUCCUUGAAGCGAUUAUACCAGUAUUCCCAGGAACACACCACAUCAAGUUCCUGGUGGAUGGGCGUAUGGAAACCUCAAUGCAUCUGCCCACGACAGUGGAUUUCGGCAAUAAUCUGGUAAAUUACAUCGAAGUGAGCGGAGAUGCUCAAGCUCGCACCAUCAUGCUGGGUGCAACGCCCCCAAAGUCAGCCACAGAAGCCGAAAACCUGCCUUCGAGGCAACCAUCCAAGACAGAUAUUGACACCGGAGUGAAGCUACCAGCAAAGAAGGCGAUCGAUCCACUAGAUGCUUUCAGCGGCGUUAUACCACAAUAUCUGGCCGACUUUGAUCAGCCUGAAGAUUCCAGAGCAUAUCAACUGUCAGUAGGAGCUCUCGACAAGCUACCGAACCCUCCUGCACUACCAGGCUUCUUGGCCAAGCCAAUCAUGAACGCGAACGCGCUCAUCAAAGACGACAAUAGUGUCCUGAACAUGCCGAAUCACACGGUUUUAAACCAUCUUGCUACUAGCAGUAUAAAAAACAACGUGCUGGCAGUAUCAGCAACCACUAGAUAUAGAAAUAAGUACGUAACGACCAUCGUAUAUAAGCCAACAUCCGAAGAAAGUUAGAUGUUUGUGGAUCUAGUCGGUUGACAAACCGACUAUCGAUGGCUCUGAGCUAGGGCUCUGGCGAAACAUGUUUGUUGAAGUUCUUGACGUAUUGCAUGGGCUCCAGUAUUGCAUUGGCAUAUUCUCAAGUAGAAGAGAGAUUGAGACAAUACUUCCCUGAAAUGUCAGUGGACACAAAUAGUCCCAGAGACCACGAAACAUUGAAGGUAUUAUAAUA